CUCUGAUCUCUAUUCUUCUUCUCACAUCCACCAAAUACAGUACAACCACCAGUCCUUCAUACUCUUUGUCAACGCCAUCACAGUCUCCUCUUCAUCCACCACAACAACGCCGCACACUGUCACCGACCCCACCAUUCCACUCAUCUCCUCACGCCUGAGUCUCUUGCCACCCCACAGGACCUCGUCGUCCACCCACUCGACCAUUCCCUCCUUGACCGCAAAGUAAAUGUCUGCGAUCUUUCAAGAGACCAACAAGACUCGCUCGCACGACUUCCUCGCAAACCCCAACAACCGCACUCGCCCUCACGCCACUAGGCUCUCCACUCGCAAACCGUACCUUCACGUCUUCCACAGCCAGCCCCACUACUUGAUAGCACCAAGGCUCUAAGCGGCACCGUGCAUGUCCAUCACGAUGAACACCAACGUGGGGAGGAAGGGCAAACGUGGCCCAACCUCUCCAGCCGCUUCUGUUCACUCUCCCCCCAUCGCCACCUCUCCCCUUCCUAAAAUCAAACUCAACAUUCGCCCCUCCUCACAACAAUACAACCGUCCCCCAUCAGCCUCGUCGCUGUCGCGGCCCGGAUCUUCCAGUCGGCGCCGCGGAGUAUUCUCGGAUGAUGGAAGCAGUUCUUCGGACCUGACUCCUGCCGAGGACGACGACGACGAUGAUGAGGACGAUGACAACGACGAUGAGGACGACAACAAUGAAUUCCCCUCGCAGAUCUUGUCCCGUAACAAGGGCAAGAAGCGCGAGUCUCUACCAAGCACUUCUUCCCCCCAUCUCCCCAAGGGGAGACAACCAAAAGCUGCACCUUCCUCGGCCCGCUCGACUCCCCGGCCUUCGGCGCACGGCCCAAAUGGCCGCGACCGCAAGCGCCACCUCAAGCUUGGCGAGGUUGCGCGCAGGCGUGCGCGCGACGACAAGUUUGGCUUCGGCGGUGACCGCUUUGGAGGUGCUACCCCGACGCAGUCGCGCAUUUCGAACCCUGCACUCAUCGACUCUGACUCUACGUCUUCCUAUGGCGACGACGAGUCCGAGCGCGAGAUGACGCAGUCUCUGGCCGAGGCAGACGAGACUGAGGACGAGUACAUGGGCGGUCUUCAUGAAGCCUUCGCAGGGCACGAGAUUGAGGAUCUCGCAUACGGUGCCGGCCACCCUGACUCGAGUAUGGAAGACGAUGCCGAGAUGGAGUGGUGGAAUGACAACGAGACAGAGAAUGGCGAGGCAAACGAGGAUGAGGACGACGAGGAGUUCAUCGCCAACCUCACUGGCUCCGACAUUGACCAGCUCCAGUCGCAGUCGUCGGUCCACGCAUCGUCUGAUGACCCCAUGAGUGACUCGACCUCCUCUGACACGGACGAUGCCUGUGACGAGUUCGGUUUCUCCACUCGCUCCAAUCACACUGCUGGCGAAGAGCCCCUAGUUCUCAUGGAGAACUGGGAUGGGCAGUUCGUUCUUGUUCAGCCACGUCAGUCCCGCCGCCGCGAGCGUGGGACUGGCUCACGUACUGCCGGUUCCAUCGGCGAGAGCACUACCGCCUCUGCCGGCGAGCAGCAUCUCAUUAUCGACGACGACGCCAACGAUGACACGGACAGCACUGCCGACUGGUCUGGCGUGGAGGACAACGAUGGAGGUGACACGACAGACUCGAUGGCAGAGGAGGACAUGCCUGUCCUUGAUAGCCCGGCGCUCGACCAGAUCAUUGGGCAACAAAUGACCAACCCCCCCCACUACAAUCUGGCGAUGCUGCCCCACCCCAACCCGUUCUUCGAAGCUUUCGGGUCGUUUGAGGCAGCCCUUGAGGCGGUCGCGGCCAACCCGUCAAUCGUCAUCACUGAUGUUGCCGCCACUUCGCCCUCAGGCAGCACACCUUCCACUGCGUCGGCCACCACGCCUGGGAUCACUCCCGGGUUUACUCCUGGAGUGGCUGGUCCUAUCAUGCCUCAGCUUCUGCCAAUGACUCCAGUGACAAGCCCUCCCUCGGGUGUCCUCGCGGCUGGUCCUGUCAUGGGCACGUUCACUGUGAGCAACGAGCCCUGUGAGAGUGCGGUCAUCGACGGCUCCAAGACGACGACCAAAUCGCCUUUCACUCGUCGGAGGCGGCACAAAGGUUCCGACUCUGGCUCAGUGUCGGCCAAGCGCCGCCCUCGAACGGGAGACCCAUUCUCGCCCGUCGUCAAGAAGACGCGUUAUUCCUCUAUUCCUGGCCACCCGCGAUUCAUCGCCGCUCGCCGUGCCGCGCAAGCGCUCAUGGACCCUCUUGAGCGCGAGACCACCCCGUCGGAGGAGGAGCACGCAUUCUCGCUUGACGAUAUGCUCAACAUCCCGGGCAACGACCUCGACACGGCUGAGGAUGACCCUCAGAGUCCCGAACUUCGUCACCUGUUCCGCUUUGACAAAAUCCCUGUGUCGACUUACAUGCGUCGUAACUUUUCGUCGGGCAGUCGGAAUCGCACCGCCCCAAGCACGCCGUCCCAGAGCUCGUUCUCGCUCACAUCGACCACGGGGCGCGCGCCGAACGUUAGCGGGGUGGGGCUUUCCGGAACGCUUGCGGGCCCCCUGCCUUACCCGGCCAGCCGCAUGCUUAUCUCACCUGUCCUUCAGCCCACAGAGGGCCAGUCCCUCCCGAUGAGCCGCAAGGAGCGACGCCGCGCUCGCAAAGGCGUUUCGGUGGACAUGCACCCUCUCCAAAUUUAAGGAGGAGCCAACAACGAAGUAGCAAGAGAAGAAGCCAAUCAGCAGUAUCAAUAUGAAUUCCAGCAUCACAUUACCAUCACCGCCAUCUCCAACCUCCUGGUCCCCAGCACUCCCCCGUACGGGCAUCUCCAGAUCACCACAAUGGUGCCACUUUAAGAAUCCUCAAAAGGGCCUCAGCCCGCGUCUCCUAGCCUCUCAACUGUGUGUUCAAAAAUUCGAAUCUAACAUGUCGUAAAUAGACUGUGACACCGUCCGUCAGUCUCAUCAGUAGCCUGUAGCAGGACAUGCAUGCGGUCGUGUACUGUCU